ACCUCUGGAGAAUGUCCAGUCCUUUCUGAAGUUGGGUUGGUUUCCUACGGUCGUGUUGCUACGGCCAGGGGGCGUAGUCUCUCCGAGAGGAGCUGCUGCUGCUCCACUUUGGCUCUCCCCGCGACAUCAACUGACUCUACCCGGGACAGACCGAAGAAGAUGGCGGCCACGGACCGUUCCCGGUCUGAAGCUGCAAAGCAGCGACGGCAGGAUCAGUUACAGCGAUGGCUGGGCUCGGAAACCGAUCAGACGGGACCGGGGACGCGGGACGGGUCGACGGGAACCGGGACGCGGCGGGCCCGGGUUCGGUUCGCUCAGGGAGCCGUGUUUAUGGCAGCCUGUUCGGCCGGGGACAGAGAGGAGGUAGCGGCGCUCCUACGACAGGGCGCUGACAUCAACCACGCCAAUAUAGACGGACUGACAGCGCUUCACCAGGCGUGUAUAGAUGAGAAUGCAGAGAUGGUCCAGUUCCUGGUGGAGAGUGGGAGUGAUGUGAAUCGGGGGGACAACGAGGGGUGGACUCCCCUCCACGCUGCUGCCUCCUGUGGGUUCAUACAGAUCACCAAGUACCUGAUAGAGCACGGUGCACGUGUGGGGGCGGUGAACAGUGAAGGAGAGCUUCCUCUGGAUGUGGUCACUGAGGAUGCUAUGGAGAGACUGUUGAAGGGGGAGAUCAAGAAACAAGGGGUUGACGUGGACAUGGCACGUCGGGAAGAGGAGCGGGUGAUGCUGGCGGAUGCCAACGCGGUGCUGGCAGGAAGUGGCGUGCUGACACCUCAUCCUAACACCAAGGCCACAGCGCUGCACGUGGCCGCUGCCAAGGGCUACAUAGAGGUCAUGAAGGUCCUGCUCCAGUGUGGUCUGGAUUUGGACAGUGGUGAUGUGGAUGGCUGGACAGCCCUGCAUGCUGCUGCUCACUGGGGACAGCAGGAGGUGUGUUCUCUGCUGGCUGACAACAUGUGUGAGAUGGCUGCUCUCAACAACGUGGGACAGACUCCUCUAGAGGUAGCAGAUGACACCCUAGUGGACACUCUGGAGGAGCUGACAAAGAAACAAAAUUCUCUGCGUACAGAAAAAGCCAAGCUGUCCCAGCCUCCUGUCAUCGAGACCAGCCCUCCUAUCAAUAUGGCAUCGGUUCGACCACGCAAGACCUCAAUCUCUCGUAUGAGCAGCCGGGAGAAGAUCUGCCUCCACGAGAGAGAGAAGCACCCUCCCCCUGCCCUGACCAGCAGCCCUGCUGAGGAUGAGGAUGAGGAGGGGGUACAGACUCAGCAUGGGACACAGGGACAGGCCCAAGCCUCCAGCAGCUCCAGUUCAGAAGAAGAGGAGGACGAGUCUGAGAGCGAUGCAGAAUCAGAAUGCUGGCAGGACCCAGGGAAGCCCCCAGCCCCAGAGGCAGCACCUAGCUCAGCCCCUGGCUCCUGGAGGACCUCUCUUCGUAAAGCAGGCAGCUCCGUAACCCUGGGGCCUUCAGGUACCACCGACCCAAGUCAGGAGUCAACCCGCAGGGCGCCUGAGUCGAGCCUGGGUAUGAUCCACUCUGCCUCCAGCCCACGCCUCAGCUCUGACACCAGUACAGACACCAAGGAACCCAGGACUGCCAGAGUGAACCCCAGUCCAACCAGACGUCUCUUCAGUAUACCAGACAGCAACCCAGACAGCACUAGCAGCUGGCUGAGUCGCAGCGCCUCUUACACCCGCCGCCUCAAUAGCACAGGAUGUGAUCUCAGUAGCUCCACCCCCUCCUUGCCUCUCAGCUCAUCCUGUGGACGCAGACUGGAUGACCCCACAGUGACCUCAACAACAGGAACUGGAAGUAGCUUCUCUGCUGGACUCAGUCGUCUCAACAUCCUAGUGGCCCAGAGACUGGCUCAGGAGCAGGCAGAGAAGAAGAAGGAGCAGUGUUCUGUCACCUCCAACUCUGUCACCACAACGACCGGCGGUGACUUGGAGACAAAGCAGAGGCGCAAAUCCUACUUGACCCCGGUUCGUGAUGAGGAGGCGGAGGCUCAGAGGAAGGCUCGAUCCAGACACGCCAGACAGUCACGACGAUCCACUCAGGGCGUGACGCUCACAGACCUGCAGGAAGCUGACAAGACAAUGAAGACAGCCCAGACGGACGAAGGGAGAGAGAAGACAAGGAAAGAGGAGGAGGAGGCGGCCAAUAAGAAGAGAGCAGAAGAGGGGGAGGUAAGCUGGAGGUCCCGUAUCGCCAACCUGCAGAAGUCUGACCUGCUGGGGCUGACUCAACCGGAUGGUACCUCUCGCCCCCCGACCUCUAGCCAGGAGACUAGUGGAGGGGAACGUGAGAGCGACCGUAUCGCCAGGGAGAGACGGAGGACCAGGAGGAGAGCUCAGAGGGCUGGAGAGACUGAUGACAAUGAGCCCAGUGGAGAGGAGGGGUUUGGAGGCAGUGGGCGCGCCAGCACCAGGUCUGACGUGUCAUGUAACGACUGUAUCGACAGAGGAGCAGGCUCUGAGACCAAUGAUUACAAGAAGCUGUUUGAGGUGGUGUCCAGGGAGAAUGGUCAACUCCAGUCUCAGCUGCAGGACACCCAGAGGACUGUCUCUCAGACUAGACUGGACCUGGACAAGGCUACCCAGAGACAGGAGCGCUUCAGUGAUUGUUCAGCAAUGCUAGAGAUGGAGAAGAAGGAGCGUUGGAUGUUGGAGCGGCGUGUGGCUGAGCUGGAGGCAGAGUUGAAGGUGCUCGGUGACCUGAGAGCUGACAACCAGAGGCUGAAAGACGAGAACGGAGCGCUGAUCAGAGUCAUCAGUAAACUCUCCAAAUAGACGGAGAGAACGAGAUACAACAGGGAUGUCCCCUUGCUUCCUCCCAUCACCCCUCCGUCCAUCCACUCCUCCCAGUGCCAAAGAACAAGAGGGAGAGAGAGGUGGCGGGGGGGAAACAGAUGAAGAGCAGCAGGAGAAUGUGGUAAUCUAAACAGCUUGAUGUGAUUGAUUAUGACGUCUCUUAUUCCUUAGUCCUCCUGACCGGUCGCCGUGGCUUGUCGUGUGUGUGUGUGUGUGUGUGUGUGCCUUAUGCCCACGUUGAGGACAGCCAUGACAACUGUGGUCAUGACAACAACUCGCAUAGUAGCAACGAGACGUGACAACAGCCAAAUGCCCAUGACGAUGUGCACCAGGGGGAAAAACACCAAUAUGCACACAGACAUAUAUACUUCACACACACACACACACACGACACACACCCUCCAUGCACAUUGGACCGGUCCAAGGCAUCUUAUUCCCUUUACAUCGACUCCAUCCAUAACAUGGAUCUAUUCCAUAGAGCUAUACCCUGGAUCCAUACCCUGGAUCCAUACCAUAGACCAUACCCUGGAUCCAUACCAUAGACCAUACCUUGGAUCCAUACCAUAGACCAUACCCUGGAUCUAUACCAUAGACCAUACCCUGGAUCUAUACCAUAGACCAUACCCUGGAUCCAUACCAUAGACCAUACCCUGGAUCUAUACCCUGGAUCCAUUCCAUAGACCAUACCCUGGAUCUAUACCAUAGACCAUACCCUGGAUCUAUACCAUAGACCAUUCCCUGGAUCCAUUCCAUAGACCAUACCCUGGAUCCAUUCCAUAGACCAUACCCUGGAUCUAUUCCAUAGACUAUACCCUGGAUCUAUUCCAUAGACCAUACCAUUUACCAUACCCUGGAUCCAUUCUAUAGACCAUACCCUGGAUCCAUUCCAUAGACCAUACCCUGGAUCCAUACCCUGGAUCCAUUCCAUAGACCAUACCCUGGAUCUAUACCCUGGAUCCAUUCUAUAGACCAUACCCUGGAUCUAUUCCAUAGACCAUACCCUGGAUCCAUUCCAUAGACCAUACCCUGGAUCCAUUCCAUAGACCAUACCCUGGAUCUAUUCCAUACCAGACCAUACCCUGGAUCUAUUCUAUAGACCAUACCCUGGAUCCAUUCUAUAGACCAUACCCUGGAUCUAUACCGUAGACCAUACCCUGGAUCUAUACCGUAGACCAUACCCUGGAUCUAUUCCAUAGACCAUACCCUGGAUCCAUACCCUGGAUCCAUUCCAUAGACCAUACCCUGGAUCUAUACCAUAGACCAUACCCUGGAUCUAUUCCAUAGACCAUACCCUGGAUCUAUACCAUAGACCAUACCCUGGAUCUAUUCCAUAGACCAUACCCUGGAUCUAUUCCAUAGACCAUACCCUGGAUCUAUUCCAUAGACCAUACCCUGGAUCUAUUCCAUAGACCAUACCCUGGAUCUAUUCCAUAGACCAUACCCUGGAUCUAUUCCAUAGACCAUACCCUGGAUCUAUUCCAUAGACCAUACCCUGGAUCUAUUCCAUAGACCAUACCCUGGAUUAUUUCCAUAGACCAUACCCUGGAUUAUUUCCAUAGACCAUACCCUGGAUCUAUACCAUAGACCAUACCCUGGAUCUAUUCCAUAGACCAUACCCUGGAUCUAUACCAUAGACCAUACCCUGGAGCUAUACCAUAGACCAUUCCCUGGAUCUAUUCCAUAGACCAUACCCUGGAUCUAUUCCAUAGACCAUACCCUGGAUCUAUUCCAUAGACCAUACCCUGGAUCUAUUCCAUAGACCAUACCCUGGAUCUAUUCCAUAGACCAUACCCUGGAACUAUUCCAUAGACCAUACCCUGGAUCUAUACCCUGGAUCCAUUCCAUAGACCAUACCCUGGAUCUAUACCAUAGACCAUACCCUGGAUCUACACCCUGGAUCCAUUCCAUAGACCAUACCCUGGAUCCAUACCCUGGAUCUAUACCAUAGACCAUCCCUGGAUCCAUACCCUGGAUCCAUUCCAUAGACCAUACCCUGGAUCUACACCCUGGAUCCAUUCCAUAGACCAUACCCUGGAUCCAUUCCAUAGACCAUACCCUGGAUCUAUUCCAUAGACCAUACCCUGGAUCCAUUCCAUAGACCAUACCCUGGAUCCAUUCCAUAGACCAUACCCUGGAUCUAUUCCGUAGACCAUACCCUGGAUCUAUUCCGUAGACCAUACCCUGGGUCUAUUCCGUAGACCAUACCCUGGAUCUAUUCCGUAGACCAUACCCUGGAUCUAUACCGUAGACCAUACCCUGGAUCUAUUCCAUAGACCAUACCCUGGAUCCAUACCCUGGAUCCAUUCCAUAGACCAUACCCUGGAUCUAUACCAUAGACCAUACCCUGGAUCUAUACCAUAGACCAUACCCUGGAUCAAUUCCAUAGACCAUACCCUGGAUCUAUUCCAUAGACCAUACCCUGGAUCUAUUCCAUAGACCAUACCCUGGAUCUAUUCCAUAGACCAUACCCUGGAUCCAUACCCUGGAUCCAUUCCAUAGACCAUACCCUGGAUCUAUUCCAUAGACCAUACCCUGGAUUAUUUCCAUAGACCAUACCCUGGAUUAUUUCCAUAGACCAUACCCUGGAUUAUUUCCAUAGACCAUACCCUGGAUCUAUACCAUAGACCAUACCCUGGAUCUAUUCCAUAGACCAUACCCUGGAUCUAUUCCAUAGACCAUACCCUGGAUCUAUACCAUAGACCAUCCCUGGAUCCAUACCCUGGAUCCAUUCCAUAGACCAUACCCUGGAUCCAUUCCAUAGACCAUACCCUGGAUCUAUUCCAUAGACCAUACCCUGGAUCUAUUCCAUAGACCAUACCCUGGAUCCAUUCCAUAGACCAUACCCUGGAUCUAUUCCAUAGACCAUUCCCUGGAUCCAUUCCAUAGACCAUACCCUGGAUCUACACCCUGGAUCCAUUCCAUAGACCAUACCCUGGAUCUACACCCUGGAUCCAUACCUCUUAAUCUGGUAGUGUCUUUCAUCAAUGUGUUUUGAACCCACCCUUCCUCCUCCUCACACACUACUAAAGUCCACAUCCCAAAUAGCACCCUAUCCAAUAUGUAGUGGAUUACUUUAGGGCUCUUGUCAAAAGUAGUGCACUAAAUAGGGAAUAGGGUGCCUUUUGAGGACGUUUCCAGACCACAGACACACUCCAUGCUCCUUUAAAUGACCACAGACAGAGCAGUCUGUUGACCACUGCACUUUACUUACAAUCAGGCAGGAAAGCUAAGCGAUCACAGAUCAGUGCAGCACCAGGCAAAGCUAAGCGAUCACAGAUCAGUGCAGAACCAGGCAAAGCUAAGCGAUCACAGAUCAGUGCAGCACCAGGCAAAGCUAAGCGAUCACAGAUCAGUGCAGCACCAGGCAAAGCUAAGCGAUCACAGAUCAGUGAGGCUUCGCCACCAUCCUGAGUCAUACUAUACAAAACAGCUCGUCUUCUACACGAAUCUGCAUCCCAAUAAUCUCUCCUAUCUCCUGACGUGUGCACUCCAUCACAAAUGUAAAAGUAUUGGAUAGGUGCAGGCCUGGGCUUCAAGGGGGUUUCACCAUGUUCUUUGUACCGGGAUGCAUAGGACACCCUCCUCAGGUUUCUAUUGGCUAGGAAGGAGGGGGGAGAGCUAGUUUACCACCUCAGACCUGAUGAUAGAGACUUGCUGUUCUGGAAAACCCUAUAUGCUAUGCAUUGUUUUUCAUUAUUAUUAUUAUUAUCAUCAUGAUAAAAUAUUAUUGUCAUAUUUUUUACAUUUAUCUGAUGUCAAUCUCUCCCGCUUUGAAAGGGAGGCAAAUUAUUGGUUAUCUAUAUGAUAUUACACAUGUAUAAAUAAAUAAUAUUAGUCAUUAAUGAAUAAUAACAACCUUCAGAAGUGAAUUCCAUGUGUCCCCCCCAUGUUGGUCUAAUAUAUUAAAUGAUGACGGAACCUAAUAAACGAUUUGUGUGUCUGCA